AUAAACAACAGCGACGUGCGUUUGUUUAUCAAAAUCACGUUUGCAAGAAUUGUUCCGCUCUACGAUCACUUCCACAAACUUUUCAGAAAAAAAUCGUUUUGCUUAAUCUAAAAAUGAGUGAAGAAAGUGCAGAACAAACGCUAAUCUGUGUGCCCGGCCAGGUGUUAUGUGCGGCGUCCGAAUUCACGGUAGCCGGCGAGGGUACAUACGAAAAACUUGGCUACAUACACGCUACGCUUGCCGGCAUAGUUCAGAUGAAGAAACGCGAGAAAAACACUUUCAUCUCAGUGCUGUCUUUCGGCGGUGGGGCCACAGUUCCGAUAAUAGGUGACAUUGUAACAGCGCGUAUCACAUCGGUACAACACCGGAUGGCUAAAUGUCGUAUCCUGUGCAUUGGAAAAACGGCCCUUAAUCGCACAUUACGCGGAAUCAUCCGCAAGGAGGACGUUCGCGCGACGGAGGUAGAUCGUGUCGAAAUGCACAAAUGCUUCCGACCGGGUGAUAUCGUGUUGGCCCGAGUACUGCAUCAAAUCGAGCUAAAUGUGUUCCAUCUUUCCACUGCGGAUAACGAACUGGGGGUUGUAGUGGCCUUAUCACCGAGCUCGCGAGCUACCUGGGGUGCAGAACCAAUUCCGAUGGUACCAAUCUGUUGGACGGAAGUGCAGUGUCCGGUAACGCUGGUAAAAGAACCGCGUAAAGUGGCCAAGGUAGUGCCGGAAAAGGGAGAAUCACUACAGAAAAAUUUAGCAUUAUUCUGAUAGAAUAGACAAGGAUGGAAUAAAUGUAAGCAGACAGCUUGGAAAAGCAAAAGCGAAUGUAUUUUGUGAAAACGAACAAACAUUUUAAAAAAUUGCUUGUAAACAUUGCGCCGUUAUGACAUGCAUGAG